AUGGGCAUCGACCUCUUCGGCAACCUUUCUCGCGCAUAUUACAACAAGGUCAAAGACUUUGAUCCAGAAUUCGCUCAAUGGGCCAGUCACCCUGUUGACAUGGAGUUCUUCUUCAUCUCCUCGACUCUCGCACCUGCCGAGAUGACGCCGGGGCUAAAGUUCGUCCCUAACAUCACCUACGACGACUGCCCCAGAGACCUGGACCUUGUCCUCAUUGGUGGUCCUCUGCUCGACCAUCGCCCGCCCUCUGCCGACCGCUUCAUGAAAGAAGCGUUCCCCAAGACCAAGGUGUGGCUGACCACCUGUAUCGGUAGCCCCUGGCUAGCUAGCGCUGGUGUGUUGAAGGGCAAGAAAGCCACAACCAACAGAGAGUUCUUAAAGAUCGUAAGGGAAAUUCAUCCCGAGACUGAGUGGCUCGACCAAAGAUGGGUAGUCGAGGAGAAGGACUUUGACGGUGAGGGCAAAGGUGAACUUUGGACCGGAGGUGGAGCAGGAGCAGGUCUUUCUAUGAUCAUUACAUACCUGAACAAGAAUUUUGACCCAGGCUUUGUCCAGAAGCUAGCGCUUGAAGCGAUCGCGUUUGAAGAGCUAGCCCUGAACCAAUUUUACAAGACAUCAAGGUAG